AUGACUCGUCACACCCCCGAGUUCCUACGGGCACGCAGCUCCAACCUCUCGCUGCGGUCUCUAGCUAUGGAGCAGUCGAUGACGAUGCGCGCCGAGGUCGUCGACAACAGGGUCGAUGCGAAGGACCUGCGACCCGAGGCUUUCAUCAAGCCGUAUCUCGACUUCAUGACCGAGAACCCCACCGUCUUCCACGCCGUCGACUAUUUCAAGGAGAAGCUACUCAAGUCUGGCUAUAAGGAGCUCUCCAGUCGUGACAAUUGGGCCGGGAAGCUCGAGCCCGGCGGCAAGUACUACACCACCCGCAACGGCAGCUCCAUCAUCGCCUUUGCCGUCGGUGAAGCCUACAAGCCUGGCAAUGGCGUCGCCAUGAUCGCCGGUCACAUCGACGCCCUCACCGCCCGCCUCAAGCCCACGAGCAAGAAGCCAAACACACACGGUUAUGUCCAGCUGGGCGUCGCGCAGUACGCUGGCGCCCUAAACGAGACAUGGUGGGAUCGUGAUCUGAGCAUUGGCGGCCGCGUCAUUGUGCGCGACCCCGAGACGGGCAAGACGACGGUGAAGCUGGUUAAGCUUGAUUGGCCGAUCGCCCGUAUCCCGACCCUCGCUCCUCACUUCGGCCUCAGCAUGACCGGCCACAACAACCGCGAGACCGAGAUGGUGCCCAUCAUCGGCCUUGACAACAGCGACAUCAAUGCCACCACUUCCUCAUCCUCCGCACAGCCCCUCGGUGGGCAGGGGUCCUUCGCCUCUACGCAACCCCCCAAGCUCGUGAAGCUCAUCAGCAAGGAGCUCUCCAUCAGCGACCCUAGCACCAUCCUCAACUGGGAGCUCGAGCUGUUCGACAGCCAGCCCGCCGCCGUCGGCGGUCUCGACAAGGAGUUCAUCUUCGCCGGCCGCAUCGACGACAAGCUCUGCUCCUGGGCGGCCUUCAUGGCCCUCCUGCACGCCAAGUCGGACCCCUCCGAGAGCAACAUCAAGCUGGUCGCCCUCUUCGACGACGAGGAGAUCGGCUCGCUGCUCCGCCAAGGCGCGCGCGGCAACUUCCUGCCCAUCACCAUCGAGCGCGCCGUCGAGAGCCUGGCCAACAAAGCCGAGGGUGCGUCCUUCGGGCCGGGGCUGAUGGGCCAGACCUACGCCGGAUCGUUCCUGGUCUCGUCGGACGUGACGCACGCGGCGCACCCCAACUUCCCGCAGACCAACCUCUCGGAGCACUCGCCGCGGCUCAACGUGGGCGUGGCGCUGUGCGUGGACGCGUCGGCGCACAUGACGACCGACAGCGUGAGUAUGGCCAUCCUGGACCGCGUGGCCGCCCUCGCCGGCUGCGUCAACCAGCGCCACAUGAUCCGCAACGACUCCCGCUCCGGCGGCACCGUCGGCCCCAUGCUCAGCGCCGCCAUGGGCUGCAAGGCCGCCGACGUCGGCAUCCCCCAGCUGAGCAUGCACAGCAUCCGCGCCACCACGGGGAGUCUGGACCCCGGCCUGGGCAUCAAGUUCUACAAGGGCUUUUUGGAUCAUUGGGAUGCUGUUGAUAAGGAGUGGCGUAAGUAG